CGCUCAUACACGCAUCCGACCACCCGCGUGCGACUGGUUUCUAGUUCUCAUCCCAGGAUGUGGUGUGCUAUACUUUUGUGUUUAUCCGGUUUCGCGCAGCUUUGUUUGAGUGGUUACUACGGAGGGGGUUCCUCCGCACAUUCGCCGUACAGCGAUCAGGACUUUUCGGGAUUCGAUAGUGGACCACUUUUGCCCUCGAUCCCCGGUCUGGGAAUGGCUUUGAGUCCGAACGAACUCCAGAACAUCUUAUCGAGUUUCACCAUGAGCUCCGUGGAUAGAAUCCCAGCGGUAGCGAGCCACGUAUACGGUUCACCACAGAAAUUGAUCAUCAGUGACUACCAGGGUCCAACGAAGAAAUUUUACGGUACAGUACGAAGUUUCCAUCAAGUUCGAACCCUCGAUCACGGAGGGAACAGUUUGGCGUCCAACUCUUACAAUCAGAACCCCGUUUCGACCGGCUUCGAGGAUUUCAUGUUCCCUGCGGACUGGUGA